AUGUCCUUCACCUUUUCACACGGACAGAUGAGAGGAGCAACAAUGAGUUUAGCUGCAGCAGUGAGAGGAUUUGUUGUCUUUCUCUUUGUAUCAGUGGUUCAGAAUCAGAAUGGCUGGGGCGUGACUUAUACUUCAACUCAGAUCUGUGCAUUAAAAGGAUCAACAGUAGAAAUAAGCUGCACCUACAUAUACCCAUCCAGAAUAAACUAUAAAAAUAGAAAAAUUCAGAGAGCACUGUGGUUCAGUAAAGGGAAUGAUAAAGUAUUUUUGGAUCUGAAAAAAGACCCAGACUACACAGGUCGACUGGAGCAUCAUUGUUAUCAGGAGAGCUGCACUCUGAAAAUCACAGGCCUAAAAGAGAGAGACUCAGCUAUGUACAAGUUCAUGUUCAUAACCAACCAACCAUAUGCAUGGUAUGCUGGUUUACCUGGAGUCGCUGUGUCUGUCACAGAUCUCCAGGUGCAGGUGAUCAAGUUACAGAACUACUCAGAUUAUGUCUGGGUAGAGCUCAGAUGUCACAGCAGUUGCCUGCUUGAUCAUCCAGCUUAUGUCUGGAUGAAGAAUGGGCAGGACAUUUAUAGCAAAACAGCUGCUUCUCUUUCUUCCUUUUUUUAUCCCACAGACUGGAUUUCCUGUGCUGUUAAAGGACACGAGAAGUUUCCCUCUCCAUCAGUGUAUGCUCCAAAGCUUCCCUCUGUGUCAGUGAGUCCCUCUGCUGAGAUAGUGGAGGGCAGCUCAGUGACUCUGACCUGCAGCAGUGAUGCUAACCCAGCAGCUAAUUACACCUGGUACAAGGAGGAUGGUCAUAAACCUCUCAGUGAAGAUUCACAGCUUGUCUUCAGCUCCAUUCAGUCCUCUGACUCUGGACAGUAUUACUGUACAGCUGGAAAUAAGCUGGGGAUGAAGAAGUCUGGAUAUAAACGCAUUAAUGUGAAAUAUGCUCCAAAGUGUCCCUCAGUGUCAGUGAGUCCCUCUGCUGAGAUAGUGGAGGGCAGCUCAGUGACUCUGACCUGCAGCAGUGAUGCUAAUCCAGCAGCUAAUUGCACCUGGUACAAGGAGGAUGAAGACUCAGCAAAAGCAUCAGGACAGAACUUCACCAUCACUGACAUCAGACCUGAACACAGUGGGAGUUAUUACUGUGUCGCCCAGAACACCAGAGGAUAUCAGAACUCCACCUUACAGCUGACUGUUGUGGCAGAUGCUCCAAAGCUUCCCUCUGUGUCAGUGAGUCCCUCUGCUGAGAUAGUGGAGGGCAGCUCAGUGACUCUGACCUGCAGCAGUGAUGCUAACCCAGCAGCUAAUUACACCUGGUACAAGGAGGAUGAAGACUCACCAAUAACAUCAGGAGAUAACUUCACCAUCACUGACUUCAGACCUGAACACAGUGGGAGUUAUUACUGUGUCGCCCAGAACACCAGAGGACGUCAGAACUCCACCCCGGAGAGGAUCCAUCUGCACUAUGCUCCAAAGCUUCCCUCUGUGUCAGUGAGUCCCUCUGCUGAGAUAGUGGAGGGCAGCUCAGUGACUCUGACCUGCAGCAGUGAUGCUAACCCAGCAGCUAAUUACACCUGGUACAAGGAGGAUGGUCAUAAACCUCUCAGUGAAGAUUCACAGCUUGUCUUCAGCUCCAUUCAGUCCUCUGACUCUGGACAGUAUUACUGUACAGCUGGAAAUAAGCUGGGGAUGAAGAAGUCUGGAUAUAAACGCAUUAAUGUGAAAUAUGCUCCAAAGUGUCCCUCAGUGUCAGUGAGUCCCUCUGCUGAGAUAGUGGAGGGCAGCUCAGUGACUCUGACCUGCAGCAGUGAUGCUAAUCCAGCAGCUAAUUGCACCUGGUACAAGGAGGAUGAAGACUCAGCAAAAGCAUCAGGACAGAACUUCACCAUCACUGACAUCAGACCUGAACACAGUGGGAGUUAUUACUGUGUCGCCCAGAACACCAGAGGAUAUCAGAACUCCACCUUACAGCUGACUGUUGUGGCAGUCUUCUCUGUCUUCCUGUGGAUUCGAAAAAGAGGGAAGUCCAAGGAAUCUGCUGAAUCUGAAGACCAAACAAACCACAGAGAACAGAGACAGCUACAGGAGCAGGAUGAUCUUCAGUAUGCCAGCAUCCACUUCAACAACCAGGCAGAUCCUCUCUACUCCAACAUGAGAGCAGCUCAGCCCCGCAGACACACGGAGGAACAGGAAGUUGCCGAGUACACUGCUGUUAGAUUUAACAGAGGCAGUGAAGCCAAGAGAGGCAGAAGUCACGAAACAGAAGAGUCGUCAUGUGGAUUGUACGCCACAGUCAACAAAACCUGAUGAACAUGACAGGCAGCUGAUGGAGGGAUAUUUGACUUUUGUUUUAAAUGUAAAGCUCAGUUGAAGUUAUGUUGCUUCUAAA